AUGGAUUAUAAUCAACAAAACAGUGAUGGUGAGAAUUCGAUAGUAACAUUUAAUCAACCCUUACCUUUAACAUUAUCAACUACAUCAACAUUAAAUUCAACAUCGAAAAUAAAUUCUCCUAUGAUACCAAAACAAUCCAACAUUAAUAUUGAUUAUGCAAUGACUCGUACUAAGUCAUUACGCAAACGUUAUUAUCAGCAACAAAAACAAAUAGAACAGUGCAACUCGUCUCAUUCAACAAUAACCAGAAGUAUAUCACCUUCUACUACAACAAUAAUGAAAAAAACUGAAAAUCAGAAAAAAUCAUUAAGAAAGAAUUCUAAAAUAAAAAAACAAGAAGCUCGACCCUUAGGCAUUUGUCUACGUAAAUGUAUUCAAUGUCGACAACUGAAACAUAUUCUAUUAGCUGAAUGUACUGUUUGUUAUCGAAUGAUGGAUGUUGAUUUAAAAGAUUGCAAAUGUCAAAUAUUUACAAACAAGAAUAUUAUCGAUCAUUUUAUUUGUUCUAUAUGUAAUAGUGAAUUAACACUCGAUGAAUAUAUUAUUUGUGCUAAUCGAACAUGUCAAACAACAUUAUCAACAUUGAUAAAUAAAGAAAGUAUGAAUGAAAUUGAAGAAAAAUCUGUACUUUCUCCUAUUCUUACAAAUAUAUAUUAUCCUAAAUCAACCCAUAGAACAGUUGCUAUACAAGUUAAUACAUUAAUCAAUUUACCAUUACUUCAAAGAUUUUUACCAGCUAUUAUAGAUGAUAAAAAUGAGGAAUCAUCAUCAUUGUCAUGGUCUAAACACGAUUUAGAUUGGACUAUAAUUACAUCACCGGAUUCUUCAGACAUAUCUUCUAUGAAUAUUGAUAGUAAUAUGAAUGUAUCCUUGGAUAAUAUUACAAGGAAUGUGACAACUGCAUUUAAUUCCAAUCAACCAACAAAAUUAACUCUACAAUCCGAAGAUAAAUUACGACAACAUCAAUCCCAACUAACGAAUACUAAUGAUAAAAUAGUAAAUAAUAAUCUAGAAUUUAUCAAAAUGCCAAAAUCACCUCGAUGUUUAGCAAUAAUGAAUCUUCAUAAUCGUCAUGAUCGUUUAUCGACAUUACUUAAACUAAGAAAAAAUGAAAUAUGUCAAACACAAUUAUCUUGUCUAAUAGAUAUUGAUGAAAUGAUUCAAUGUGAUGAGUUAGUCAGUCCAAUCAUCAUACAAACAAACAAUCCAAAUCAAAUUGAACGUCAAAUUCAAGUAGAUACAAUUAAAGGACAUUUUAAUGGUUUAUGUCAAACUCGUAUUGAAAUAGAUGAUCAUAUUGAAAAAGAUUCAACAAUAAAUUUAACAAAUGAUGAAAGAAUUUUACAAGCACUUAUCGAUAGAGAUGGACAACGAUGGUCUGAAUUAAUUGACCAAUUAAUAAAUGAACAAUCAAAUUUUUCAUUAAGUGAAAUUGCACAACAAUUACUUGAUACUAUUGAGCGUUUAUAUACUACUGAAAGAUUAAAUAAUUUAACAACUGGUCAAUUACAACGUAAAGUUCGUUAUGCAAUGUCUCAAUUAAAACAUAUUGAUGAACAUUCAUAUUUACGAAAUAAUUUUAAAACAACAAAAUCUAAUCAUACAAAUAUAAAUUCAAGAAAACAAAAUGAAUGUAAUGGUACAAUGGAUAUGGCAGUAACAGUCAGACAAAUUGAUAAACGUCAUAAUCGUCAAUCAAUAAGAUCACCUGAUCAUAUUUGGAAACCAUAUAUUGAUCGUUUAUUCGAUCAAGGUCAUUCAGCUGAUGAAAUUCAACGAUUAUUACAUGAAGCAGCAGAAACAACAAUGCAAUGUGAUGAUUAUCGUUUACAAGAUGUUUUUAGUUAUAUCAAUACAAAAGUAAAACAAUCAAAAGCAAAAACUGCACCAUCAAAAAUAGCAUUUGUUGUUCCUUCAACAAAAACGAAACCAGUAUCACCUGCACCAUUUCAGUCAACUAAUUUAUUUCAGUCAAUAAAAUCCAACGAAAAAACGAGUAGUAAUAGUAGAAUUAUGACAUGUCCUUCAACUUCAAUAUCAGCAAGCAAAGUAAUGUCAAAUGAAUUGUCAUCGGCUUUUAAUAACAAAGAUCAAAGAUCUACAAUCGAAGGAACAAGAAAUAAGUCCAGUUCGUCUAGUGCUUCUCUGAACAUUAGUUUAAUUAAAUCAUCUAGUAUCGAACCAGAUAUUAUUCAAAUAAAAUCAAUGGAAAAUAAAUUCAUUAAUGAUUUGAGUACGAAUGAAAAAGAACAAAAUUUAUCAUUACAUUCAUUUGUUGAUCAAGAACAUGUAAAUAUAAUGGUAAAUUCUAGUCCAACUACUACUAUAAAUAAACAUCAAUCUAUAGCCAAUAUAGAAACAAUCAUAGAAAAUGAAAAAAAUAAUGAUAAUAACUCUGAAAGUGAUAAUAUUAUCAUUAUUACUGAACAAAAACCAAAUCAAAGCCAAGAAGUAAUCGACUCUAUGACUUUACAAACUAAUAAAACAUCUAGUUUUCAUAAUCUACAAAGUAAAGAAAACAAUAAAAAUUCUCUAUUAAAAACGUCAACAAAUAAUACGAAAAAAAACAAAAAAACAUUCAAUUCAAUAGGUUCUUCAACUACGAAAAUUACAUCAUCAAAUAAUUCAAUUGAUAUGCCUUUGACAAAUCUUGAAGAGCAAUCUAUUCAUGAAUUGCAACGUGUUCAUAAUGUUCUUGACACUAUCGACCAUACCGAUCUUCAUUUACAUUCUUUAAACUCUCCACUCGAACUAAAUAAAUUGAUUGAUAUUAUCUUCGAAUCGAAUUUACAUAAACCAGAUAGUAUGGAAAUUUUGAUGACAAAAUGUAUCGAACUCUUAAAUAAUGAAAAACUAACUAUUGCAUCACAACUAGAAGAAAUUCAUUUUCAGAAUUCGAAUAAAGAAAUAUUUAAUACAUUAAAUCUGUUACAAGAAUAUCAAAGACUUAUUUUGCCAUUUAUAAUCAACAAUGAAGAUUCAUUGUAUAAUCGACAUAUUUCAAACAUGAUUAUGAUUUCAUCUGAUAGUCAAACUUCAUUAAAAUCAAUUAAUGAGAAUAUUGAACCAACUAUUGAAUCUUCAUCUCAAAUUAUUCAAUCUAAUAUCGAUCUCAAUUUAAAACAACAAAUAAACAUAUCAGAAUAUCAAGAAACAGCUGGUCCUAUACGAUGCCGUCCUAUACCAUAUACUGUUUCGAAUGAGAAGAGAUCAACAGAAUCUUUAAGACAAGAAUUUCUUUGUUCACCAAAAUACAUUUCAUUAACAAUCAAAGAAUUAAACGAACAAUUAAUCACAAGUAAAAAUGAUUUAAACGACACAUCGAACAUACUGUUGAAAAUAGAUGAUGAAUUAUAUGAUGAUCAAUCUCAAAAACAAUGGCUUGAUUCCUUACUUUCAAAAAUAUCUAACAACAUCAGUAGAACAUCGAAUAUCUCUUUAACUUCUUCAUCUUUAUUAGUUACUGAUCAAACAAAGAUUGAUGACAAGCACAAGAAUGAAUUUAUCAUUAUGGAACAAAUAGAUGAACAAGUAUUAUCAUUGAAUGAAGGUUCGAAAUCAUCUAUAUCUAUUCAUGAACAUACAACAAAUAUGAUUGAAACAACUGAUGACAAACAUAAUACACAAUAUGUAACAGAUGUAAUUAUACUUAAAAAAGCAUAUGCUAUGUCAAUCAUCAUUCCUGAUCAAAUCUUUUCUAUGAUUGAAGAACAAUUUCAAGUAGCUGAAACAAAACUAUUACAAAAGAAUGUAGCAAUAUCUUCGACACAAAUUUUAAAAUUAAAUGAUCAGCUUAUAUCAUUACCGGACGAGAAAAAUAUUAAGCACGUCAAUAGAGAACUUUCAAAUUUAAAUUAUGAUUUCAAUGAUACAUUUCAGAAGUCCUCUUCUGUUACUACCCUACAUGCUAAUCAUGUUGAUGAAGAAAAAAAAUCUAUUUCAUCAGUUGUUAAUGAUGAAACACCAUCUAUAAUCGAUCGAUCUUCAACUUCUUCAGAUAUGGACUUAUCAGAGCAAUUAAAUCAACUUCAAAUACGUGAAGAUACUGUAUCUUUAAAGCAGUUACUCUCGACAAAUGUACUGAAAAGUAACGAAAAAUUUGAAUCACCACAGGAAUUAUACGAUAAUGAAAAUGAAGACAAAAUAUCACCGGUAUUUGUAUCAGAAGAUAUAGCGCUAUCAAAAACUGAUAUUGAUUAUGUUCCAGAAACAAAUACAGAUUCAUCGUUAUCAAACGAUCAAGAAGAAGAAGUCAAAACUAAAUCUGUCUUAUCAUUUUCUUCUGAUAAUCAUGAAGAUGUAAGUUUAAUAGAAACAAAUGAACCUCAUAUAGACAUUGAAAAACCAUCGAAAUCUUCACAUGCUAAUGCACAACUAUUCAAUGAACAUACAUCUAUAACUACUUCAACAGUAUUUAAUCACCAAAAUGAAAUUAAUAAACUUCAGUUACCAGUUUCAACACAAUACUUUAAUAUAUCUAACGACAUAAAAUCAAACUCUUUUCUGACUGACUUGAAUAAUCAAAACAGUAUUGUUUCAUAUAAAGAAUCAAUAUCCAAUAAUGUUCUUAAAUCAAAUGAAGAAAAGAAACAUUCACCAACCAAUUCACAUAAUCAAAAUAUUGUAAAAGACAUAUCAAUCCAGAAUAUUGAAAAUAAAAAAUUAUCAAAUGAUAAAAUAGAUAAUGCUAUUACUAAUGAAUUUCACAAGUCUACUAUCCUAUUAGUGGAUCAUAAUAUUACACAACAAUCAGUAAAAUCAGUACUUUCUCCAUCAAAAACUACAGUAAAUAUUUAUUGA